AUGGCCGAGAUUGAAGUCGCAGAGCAAGCUCCUCCCGGCGCGCAGUUAGGUGAGACCCUCUUACCUUCUCUACAUAUGCGAAGAUCACCUUCUCAUCGCAUGGACCGCACGACAGCUGCAGUUCAGCAGCAGCUGAACGAAACUCUCGAAAGUGCCGCGACCCGUUUCGAGUCAACGCUCACGGCAAUGACCGAGGAAUUACAAAAGUUUAGGGAGUUGCGCGAGCUACUUCUCUCUAGCAAAUCAGAGCAGUCAACACAAGCGAAUUUGAGCGUCAACGAGACGGUCUUGGUGGGCCUUACUCGGUCUAUCGAAUCACUUGAAUACACACUGCGCCUCGAACUCCGCAGCGUGGACAUCGCUCUUAGGAUGAGCCUGGCGAACAUUAACCAAACUUUGGACGGUCCGACAAAAGUUCUUUACGCCCACGCACCCCGCGCUAAUGUCUUGUUCUCUUAG